CCAAGAGCGGUACACAUCUGAUUCCUUUAAUUACUUCCUUCCUGUAGUUAAUUGGUGCCAAUCGGUCCAACCUAAAAAACAAAACAAACCACUGAGCUAGACGGUCAGGAGUGCACGUUAUUUCUCACUCUGUGCAUGUUAGCUUACACAUUACCCACAAACUGCAUUCAGCGUGUUUGAUUCACCUGUUUCAGCCAAUUCAGAGCUGUCAGCGCUUGCAGAGAGAUCGAGCUUCACAAUAAGGAAAAAGACACCAGAGACAUCACCAUGCCGCUGCAUUCAAGUUUAGUGAGUAAAAACUAUGACUACGACUACGACUCUCUUCAACCGUAUUUCUACUACGACAACGAGGAGGAGGAUUUCUACCCUCAGCAGCUUCAGCCUCCGGCACCGAGCGAAGACAUCUGGAAGAAAUUUGAACUGCUGCCGACCCCUCCCCUCUCCCCGAGCCGCCGGCCGUCCCUGUCAAGCCUCUUCCCCUCCACGGCGGAUCAGCUGGAAAUGGUGACCGAGUUCCUGGGCGACGACGUGGUCAACCAGAGCAUCAUCUGCGACGCCGACUACUCCCAGACCUUCCUCAAGUCCAUCAUCAUCCAGGACUGCAUGUGGAGCGGCUUCUCCGCCGCGGCCAAGCUGGAGAAGGUGGUCUCCGAGCGGCUUGCCUCCCUGCACGCUGCGAGGAAGGAGUCGGCGGGCGGUGAGUGCGCGGAGCCCGCUGGUGCAGCUGCGUGGAGGCUGAACAGCAACUACCUGCAAGAUUUGAACACAUCCGCAUCGGAGUGCAUUGAUCCAUCUGUGGUUUUCCCGUACCCGGUAGCAGAGACGCCCAAGCAGAGCCCGGGGACGCCGCCUAGUAAGGACUUGGGACUGGACACGCCACCAAACAGCGGCAGCAGCAGCAGCAGCAGUAGCUGCAGCGACUCUGAAGAUGAGGAUGGAGAUGAUGAUGAGGAGGAGGAGGACCAGGAGGAAGAGGAGGAGAUCGACGUGGUCACCGUGGAGAAGAGGCAGGCGGUGAAGCGGUGCGACCCCAGCCCUUCGGAGACCAGACAUCCCAGCCCUCUCGUGUUGAAGAGGUGCCAUGUCUCCACCCACCAGCACAAUUAUGCCGCCCAUCCAUCCAUGAGGCACGAGCAGCCGGCUGUCAAGAGGAUGAAGCUGGAGAGCAGCAGCAGCAGCAGCAACAACAGCAGCAGCGGCGGAGGCAGCCACAGCAGGGUCCUCAAACAGAUCAGCAGCAACCGCAAGUGUUCAAGCCCGCGGACGUCUGACACGGAGGACUAUGACAAGAGAAGGACUCAUAACGUACUGGAGCGCCAGAGGAGGAACGAGCUGAAGUUGAGCUUCUUCGCCCUGCGGGACGAGAUCCCAGAGGUGGCCAACAACGAGAAGGCAGCUAAAGUGGUGAUCCUGAAGAAGGCUACAGAGUGCAUUUACAGCAUGCAGACGGACGAACAGAGACUCCUCUCACUCAAAGAACAGUUGCGGAGGAAAAGUGAACUUUUAAAGCAGAGACUCUCGCAGCUGCAGGGCUCUCGUGCUUAAAGUUUGAAUCGUAGACUUUUUUGGCCUUUUGUUUUUUUUUUUUUUUUUUAUGCAAGUUCAAGACUUGGGGUGUACAGUUGUUUGUUGCAUGCAAAUGCAAAAUGGAUUAAGUUGUUUGGAAUCUUGUUUGAUUUCAAUGUUAAAACUGCCUCAAUUGAAGUUAUGGGUGGAUUAAAUAUUUAAAAGUUUAUUUUUAUUAAUAAAAUAUAAAAUGGGGCUUCCCUGUUGAGGGCCCAACUAAAAUAUACAUUUUUAUGUUUUGUAUAUAAUUAAUAUUUCCUAAGAAAAUGUAUUUUCUCAAUUGUCUGGAUGUUCAGACCCAGUGUUUUGUUUUUUCCAAUAUGUUCCUAGUUUCUUUUUGAAAUAUAAAAAAUGUUUUUCUUGAA